CUGUGUGUGUAGAGGAAGUUUUGUUUUGCGAGUUUUUCCGUCCGUUUCGGCUGGCUGGGUGUUUGGGUGAAUGCGCUUAAAAUAGCACGAAAUGAUAUCAGUGUGAGUCGCAUUACCGCCAACCAAAGUGUUCAAGAGGGAGUAAAAAGCCCGAGCCGGUGGAAGCGGCGGAACCCAACAGAGUAACCCGAGAGCACCUUGUUGCUAAGCUAACGUUACCUUGCUAGUUAGCGCGGCUAGCGUUAGCCUCUGGUCUGCGUUGUGUUCGCGGGAGGGCUCUCUGAGCUAACGAAGCCAUGGGGAACCGGGGCAUGGAAGACCUGAUUCCCCUGAUCAACAAGCUCCAAGACGCGUUCAGCUCCAUUGGCCAGAGUUGCAAUUUGGACCUUCCUCAGAUCGCUGUGGUCGGUGGACAGAGCGCUGGCAAGAGCUCGGUCUUGGAAAAUUUCGUCGGCAGGGACUUUCUUCCACGUGGAUCAGGCAUUGUUACCCGGAGACCUCUCAUUCUGCAGCUGGUCAACAAUAAAGCAGAAUAUGCUGAAUUCCUGCACUGCAAAGGGAAGAAGUUUGUGGAUUUCGAGGAGGUGCGGGCGGAAAUUGAGGCGGAGACUGACAGGAUAACAGGCUCCAACAAAGGGAUCUCUCCCAUCCCAAUUAACCUCAGAGUCUACUCCCCAAACGUGCUCAACCUGACCCUGAUCGACCUUCCGGGAAUGACUAAGGUGGCUGUUGGUGACCAGCCCCAUGACAUUGAGCACCAGAUCAGGGAAAUGCUGAUGCAGUUCAUCACCAAGGAGAGUUGUUUGAUCCUGGCCGUCACCCCUGCCAACACUGACCUGGCCAACUCAGACGCUCUGAAGAUCGCCAAGGAGGUGGACCCACAGGGUCUACGCACUAUUGGUGUUAUAACAAAACUGGACCUGAUGGAUGAAGGGACAGAUGCAAAGGACAUCCUCGAAAAUAAACUGCUGCCCCUGCGUAGAGGCUACAUUGGUGUGGUGAACCGGAGUCAGAAAGACAUUGAUGGGAAGAAGGACAUCCGUGCUGCUCUGGCUGCAGAGAGGAAGUUCUUUCUGUCACACCCUGCCUACCGACACAUAGCAGAGCGCAUGGGCACGCCUCAUCUACAAAAGACACUCAACCAACAAUUGACCAACCACAUCAGAGACACCCUGCCUGGUCUGCGCAGUAAGCUGCAGAGUCAGCUCCUCUCCCUGGAGAAGGAGGUAGAGGAGUACAAGAACUUCCGUCCUGAUGACCCGACACGCAAGACCAAGGCCUUGUUGCAGAUGGUGCAGCAGUUUGGUGUGGACUUUGAGAAGUGCAUUGAAGGCUCCGGGGACCAGGUGGACACCAACGAGCUGUCGGGCGGCGCCAAGAUCAACCGCCUCUUCCAUGAACGUUUCCCAUUUGAACUUGUCAAGAUUGUGUUUGAUGAGAAGGAGUUAAGGCGAGAAAUCAGUCACGCAAUCAAGAACGUCCACGGUGUCAGAACGGGGCUCUUCACCCCCGACCUGGCUUUUGAGGCGAUAGUCAAAAAGCAGAUCCUCAAACUCAAAGAGCCGAGCCUCAAAUGUGUGGACCUUGUGGUGUGCGAACUCACCGCACUCGUCAUGAAGUGUGCCGUUAAGCUCAAUUCUUACCCCAGACUGAGAGAGGAGACCGAGAGGAUUGUCACCACCCACGUCAGAGAAAGAGAAGGAAAGACCAAGGACCAGGUUCUGCUGCUGAUUGACAUUGAGCUGUCCUACAUCAACACCAACCAUGAGGACUUCAUAGGCUUCGCUAAUGCCCAGCAGAGGAACACAGCUGCAAACAAGAAAAGGGCCAUACCCAACCAGGGUGAAAUUCUGGUGAUCAGGAAAGGCUGGCUAACCCUCAACAUCAGCAUAAUGAAGGGAGGCUCCAAGGAAUACUGGUUUGUCCUGACCGCCGAGUCCCUGUCCUGGUACAAAGAUGAGGAGGAAAAAGAAAAGAAGUAUAUGCUGCCUUUGGAUAACCUGAAGCUCAGAGAUGUGGAGAAAGGCUUCAUGUCCACAAAGCACAUCUUCGCAAUCUUCAACACUGAACAAAGGAACGUGUACAAGGAUCUUCGCCAAGUAGAACUGGCCUGUGAUUCUCAAGAGGAUGUGGACAGCUGGAAAGCGUCCUUACUCAGGGCGGGGGUUUAUCCGGAGAAGGACCAGACGGAGAAUGAAGAUGCUGCUCCAGCAGACACAUUCUCUAUGGACCCUCAGCUGGAGCGACAGGUGGAAACCAUCCGCAACCUGGUGGAUUCGUACAUUGGCAUCAUCAACAAAUCCAUCAGAGACCUCGUGCCCAAGACCAUCAUGCAUCUCAUGAUCAACAGUGCAAAGGAUUUCAUCCAUUCAGAGCUGCUGGCCUACCUCUACUCAUCUGGGGAUCAGAACAGCCUCAUGGAGGAGUCGGCGGACCAAGCCCAGCGUAGAGAUGAAAUGCUACGCAUGUACCAUGCACUCAAGGAGUCGCUGGUUAUCAUCGGUGACAUCAGCGCCAACACUAUUACCACCCCUGUACCCCCGCCCGUAAAUGACUCCUGGAUGCAAGAAGCCAGCCCAACCCCUCAGCGCAGGCCUGCUCCCGCAACGGCCCCGCCCCCCGGCCGUCCACCCGCUGUUCGGGGCCCAACGCCAGGACCACCCUUGAACCCUUCCCCUGCCUUUGGGACUCCGCUCAACCCCUCUCCCGCCUUUGGUGCGCCACCGAUCCCGUCUCGCCCGGGCCAACCCAUCAACGCCUUCAACAGCAGCCUGGAUCCCUUCAGUGCACCCCCCCAGAUCCCCUCCCGGCCAGCACGAGUCCCACCCGGUGUACCAAGCCGAAGACCCCCCGGUGCUCCUUCUCACCGGCCCACCAUUAUCCGCCCUGCUGAGCCCUCCCUGCUAGACUAGACCCAUGGGCAAUCCCACUUUUGCGCGUGUGUUUGUGUGUGUGGGUGUGUGUAUCUGGACACUGUAUGGCGGGGGCCUCGAGGGGAGGGGCCGACUGAUAGCGGUGCAUAAUGUGCAUCGUCCAGCCGUAUCAAUGUCUAUUCAAGCAAUGUUAAUAAGCUGCUAAUACUGUCUGUAUCAGUGCAAAUGAAUGAAAGAAGGAAAGAAAGCCCUUAACCACUUGAAUCUUACAUCUGACUGCUGUGGAAAAGAGUGUAAUACAAAAUAAACCCAGCUGAUCAGUGGGAUGCAUUAACUCCGACCAGUAGGAGGCGAUGUAUCGCAUACAGGCCAAGAACUUUUUUUAAAUAGUAAUAACUUUAUUUCCUCGGACGAGGUUCUUGGCAGAAGCCCAUCAAAUAACAAAAUUAAUGUUAAGGGCUGGCUUUCCUCCCCCCCCCCCCCCCCUCCACCUGUUGUUCAGAUUGGACCAGACGCCCGAGAAUAGAUCGCUGUGUAAUAUACACACUUAACCGGUUGUUAAUGUUUUACUGGGUUUUCAUUUCCUAACUGAUUUCAUACUGAAAAACAAAAGCUAAUUAUCACCAUUGUUAUUUUGGUGGUGUUGAUAACAUUUCCCCCCCUUGUGUUAUUUUAUUGGAGUGACUUUCUUCCUUUUUAAAAGACCCUUUAUAAAUGUAGCUUUAAAAAAUGAAAGCCUAAUCUCAGCAAAAGCAAAGCAUGAGGAGACACAGGGCCCGGGUUGCAUGAGACAGAGUGAUAGAGUAGCUAAAGCUUCCCAUUUGUAAUAUAUUCUUCCACGAUGAAAAGAUGUCAGUCAGAUUGACCAAUGUAGCCCAAGCACUUCUAACCGUUUUAGCCUUACAUCAAGCCACACACAACAGGGAUGAUGUAGUCCGUUACCAGAACACUAUGCACAAGAACCCAGGAAAGGGAGAGAGACGGACUGAGUGCUGUCUGCACUUUGUUGGGACGUUUCCUCUGCGCUAAUUCUGAGUUGCUAAAGCCUUGAUUUGAAUCCCUUUAUUCUCAGCUGAACCCCGGACGAGGCCUUCAGCCUUCGGGGUAGACUUUGUUCAUUCCUGGAUUAGCUGGUUAAUAUAGAAGAGAUCACAUACAGUUUCCUCUCAGACAGGAUGAGACUCAGCGAAGCGGCGGGGUUUGUCGAUGAGGACAGAUCUGUGAUUUAGAGUAUAAUGAUGGUAUUAAGAACUGAGGAGUUUGGCACAUCUCUUUUUCGGCUCAGUUUGUCAGGGACAUUUAUUAUUGCUCUCCAGUUCUACUUCCAUGCAUUCAAAAAUAUUGUAUAUAGCUGGCCUAUACUGGGGAAUUAGCACUUGUAUUUUCAUUUUAAUUGCAGGGAUGAUGACAAAAACAUGUUAUUAUAAUCAGAGCCCAAUAUGUCAACAUGCAACGGUAGGCGUCGAUAAAGGAAGCACUAACACAGUCAUUGGAUCAGCUUUGGAUGUAGGGAAAAAGAGAUCGGCAUCUCCUGGUGCAUUAUUUAUAACUUGGGCAUUUGUUCUUUCUUUUGAUGAUUUGGCUGCAGUUGUAUCAGCUGUGUAUAACCUACACGCUCCUCGGACUCUUAUUUUGAAAUUCUGCUACGGGGUUUACUGCCCUGUUCAUUGUCUGAAGGUGUUUUCGGAGACGUGACGCUGAACAUACACAGCUGUGAUUAUUUGAUGAUAUCUUUUUUCUUUUUUUUCUUUUGGUCUUUGACCAUUUAAAACCAAAUUUUCUUCAAAAUUAAAAAAAAAUAUAUUUUUAGGUGUGAAGUGGAAAACUGGUCAGGCAGUGGGGGGUGAAAGUGGGGUUAUCUGGAUGUUUCCCAUUUUUGGUUUGAUCAGUAGAACUGGUGAACAGGUGGUGGGAGUUGUGGUGUAUGACGGCAUAUCCUGUCUCUUCUCACUACAGACGAUUGAAACUCAAUUGGACAUCCUGACAAAAAAAAAAAAAAAAAAAAAUGAAUCAAAAAAAUUUCCCAAACCACAGACUCUUGAGACAGAAUGUGUUGGGGGUUUUUUUCCCUCGGCUGAAUUUCUCAACAGGUUUGGCUUUCAGUGGCAGUGCCAGAAAGAAAAAGAAAAAAACAAAUCUUAAAACUGAUGAACCAACAAAUUACAUGUGAUAGAAUUUCCUAUUGACCAUGUUCCUUGUGCCUGUCACUCCAGCCUGCCUGUGAGAAGCCCAGACUGUAAAUGUCCUGUGAUACAUCAGGUUGCGCCCCCUCCUUCCUUCCUCCUUCCCUCCCGUGUCUGGAGGCGGAGGAAGAAGAUGGGAAAGCAACCUGCAAAAACAAAUUAUUUUCUUUUUGUGUUGCAAACCCUUGUCAAGUGCCUCUGUAGCAAAUUAAUUGAUUUCAAUAAACAAAAUGGACUAAUUCAGAAAGGAGAGUCAAUAAAGAGGUGUUGUGUACAAUAAAGGGACUGGCUCUGGUG